AUGAGUAUUUACAUAGUGACGUCAGCGUGCCAAGCAAAGGGGGCGUGGCUACGGUCUGAAGGCGCGACUGGUCCAGAAGAAAAAAAAAGCCUCAAAGUAAACAUGGAGGCCGUCGAGAAGACGCUGUGGUUGUUGUUGGCGCUCGUCGUGCUGUGUGCGCCCCCGGGCUGGACCCAAGCGAGGCCCCACGUGGACCCUCGCUUCGUGUCCGUCACCAUCGACGCCAGCCUCGCGCAGGACGAGCGCUUCAUGUACCUGCUCAGCUCUCCUAAAGUCCGCACGCUGGCCAAAGCCUUGGCGCCCGCCUACGUGAGGUUCGGAGGAACCCGCCAGGACUUCAUGGAGUUCAGUCCUCAGCGGGACCUUGGAAUGGCCGUUCCGAAGCGCAACUGGGCGGAGCUUCCUCGGUGGCGGGAGGAGCAUCUAAAAGUGAAAUGGUGUAAACAAGCGAAGCUGCUGGCCCGACAAGACAUGAACAGGAAGUUCCCUCAAAUCGAGUUCACCGAGGCGACGCUGGACCUGCUGCACGCCUUCGCCAACAACUCCGGACUGGAUCUCAUCUUCGGACUCAACGCGCUGCUGAGGAACGCCGACAACACGUGGAACAGCAGCAACGCUCGCUCGCUGCUCGGCUACUGCCAGUCCGAACGCUACCGCCUGUCCUGGGAACUCGGCAACGAACCAAACAGCUUUGAGAAAAAGGCGGGGAUUCGCGUGGACGGCGUCCAGCUGGGGGAGGACUUUGCCCGUCUCCGGGAGAUGAUGUCACAGUCGCCUUGGUACCGCCACGCCGGACUCUACGGACCCGACGUGGGCCAACCCCGACGCCGCACCGAUGACUUGUUGCACGGGUUCCUGAGGAGCGGAUCUCACGCCGUGGACGCCUGCACCUGGCACCAUUACUACGUCAACGGGAGGGACACGUCGCUGGACGACUUCCUGGACCCCAAGAUCCUGGACUCCCUGGCGCUCCAGAUCAAACACGUCAUGAAGGCAAUGAGGCACGCCUCCCCGGGCAAGCCUGUGUGGCUGGGAGAGACAAGCUCCGCCUACGGGGGCGGGGCCCCGGGCCUGUCGGACACGUUCGCCGCGGGAUUCAUGUGGUUGGACAAAUUAGGACUGGCGGCUAAAAUGGGCGUGGCCGUGGUGAUGAGGCAGGUCCUGCUGGGUUCCGGAACCUACCACCUGCUGGACGACAACUUGGAUCCUCUCCCGGACUACUGGCUGACGCUCCUGCACAAGUCUCUGGUCGGACGCGGCGUUCUGAGCGCCGCCAUCUUUGCCGAGACGCCCGGAAGCAGACGCGUGCGUCUCUACCUGCAUUGCAGCGCCACGCGCAGAUACGCGGCGGGCGCGGUCACGCUCAUCGCCAUGAACCUGGGCAAGAUGGCCGCCCGGGUCGCCGUACCAACAUGGCUGGCGGCGAGUGGCGUGGACGCCUUUGUGCUUCAGUCGGAUGUAGAAGGCGAGGACGGCCUCCUGUCCAGGUCGGUGAUGCUGAACGGCGACCUUCUCAAGAUGGCGGAAGGCGGGACACUCCCGCCCCUUAGAGGCAGUCGUCUGCCAGCUGCAGAACAUCUUCACCUUCCUGCUUUCUCACUGGCUUUCUUCGUCUUCACGGACGCACGACACCACGCCUGCGCCGCGUGACCUCCACCUUCUCGUCGGAGUCAUGUGACCUCGAGUAGUAGCUGUCACGUGCUUCUGUCAUGGUUUGCACUGCUCUAUUCUAGCUCGCAACAGGAGGCAGGUACGUUUUUAUUUUCUAUUAAAGAAGGCAGACAUUUGUAUUGUCUUUUCUGCCUAGCAACAAGA